AUGAAACCCAAACAGAGACUUGUCUUGCAGGCUCAUGCGCCCCACUUCGACCAUUGCUACUUCGUAGAUGAGCAGCAGAUCUUGGACGCCGCAAAGCAUGGGGCGCCAUGGCACCACGGACAAGAUGUGCUCUUUGUGGGCUGCAUCACGGGCAUGGUCCACAACAGUGAGCUUCUUACGCCGAGCUUCCUAGAUCAGCUCCGACGAUCCACACCUCUGCUAAAGAGAGCCACGCCGCAUUACAAGACGAAGAAACUGCGGGUGGCUAUGCACCUGCGGCGAGGGGACCUGCACAUCGGAACCAACCGAGGCAUGCCGGACGAGAUGUAUCACAGGAUCAUGAACACCGUGCGGGCGAUCGCGGGCGACGAUGUUGAGAUCCAUGUAUUCAGCUCGACCGAGAAGAACUACAAGCCUGCUUCCUUCAAGAGCUACCGCAACCGGGGUGCCAAAGUCCAUCUGGAUGGCAAUGAGGUGGACGACUGGGCCCACAUGAUGCAGGCCGAUGUGCUUCUGCUGUCGCCGAGCAGCUUUGCCUGGGUACCGGGGGUCUUCAAUCCAAACUGCGUGGUCGGGUUCAACCGCUACUACCCCAUGGGACAUUGGGCUGUCCAUCGGGACGGCGAGUUCUCCCACUCGGCUUUGGCCAAGCUCGAGAAGUGCAUUGAAGAGAGGAAGGCGGCAAAAGCGAAGCAUGGCAGGUGA